GGAGUGGCGAGCAUCUUUAAAAUACAGGACGGCCGAGUGGCGACCCUCAGCCACGCAGAAGGUGCAGUUAGGGCCCUGGCCACCGCAGAGCAGGAAGAGGAUGCUGCUGUCCACUGCCAGACUUGCUCGUGGCUGCGGUGAAAGGGUUUCCCACACUUGGUGCCCUGUCUUCACUGUGCUUCUGACGUUUAACAACUGCAUGCCAGGCACGGUUCUGGGUGCUGAGGACCCACUAGGGACCCCAGUGGACAAAACUGCGGUCCCCAUAAUCCCCGAGGACCAGGCUCCGUGGAGCGAGCGUUUUGGUGACCUGAAGCCACCGCUGGUCCAGGCCAUCUUCAGCGGCGACCCAGAGGAGAUCCGAGUGCUCAUCCACAAAACGGAAGACGUGAACGCACUGGAUUCCGAGAAACGAACUCCCCUUCACGUGGCUGCAUUUCUGGGAGAUGCGGAGAUCAUUGAGCUCCUCAUUCUGUCAGGAGCUCGUGUCAAUGCCAAGGACAACAUGUGGCUGACCCCUCUACACCGGGCCGUGGCUUCCAGGAGUGAGGAAGCAGUGCAGGUGCUGAUCAAGCACUCAGCCGAUGUCAACGCCAGGGACAAGAACUGGCAGACGCCCCUGCACGUGGCCGCAGCCAACAAGGCCGUCAAGUGUGCGGAAGUGAUCAUCCCGCUGCUGAGCAGCGUCAACGUCUCUGACCGGGGCGGGCGCACGGCCUUGCACCACGCGGCCCUGAAUGGCCAUGUGGAGAUGGUCAAUCUACUCUUAGCCAAAGGGGCGAACAUCAACGCAUUCGACAAGAAGGACCGGCGCGCGCUGCACUGGGCAGCAUACGUAGGCCACCUGGACGUUGUGGCCCUGCUCAUUAACCACGGCGCAGAAGUGACCUGUAAGGACAAGAAGGGUUACACCCCGCUCCACGCCGCGGCCUCCAACGGGCAGAUCAAUGUUGUCAAACAUCUCCUGAAUCUCGGGGUAGAGAUUGACGAAAUCAACGUCUACGGGAACACGGCCCUGCACAUCGCCUGUUACAACGGCCAGGACGCCGUGGUGAGCGAGCUGAUCGACUACGGCGCCAACGUGAACCAGCCCAACAGCAGCGGCUUCACCCCGCUGCACUUCGCCGCCGCCUCCACCCACGGCGCUCUGUGCCUGGAGCUGCUGGUGAACAACGGGGCGGACGUGAACAUCCAGAGUAAGGACGGUAAAAGUCCGCUGCACAUGACGGCUGUCCAUGGGCGGUUCACGCGGUCACAGACCCUCAUUCAGAACGGAGGCGAGAUCGACUGCGUGGACAAGGACGGCAACACGCCCCUGCACGUGGCGGCGCGCUACGGGCACGAGCUGCUCAUCAACACGCUCAUCACCAGCGGGGCGGACACGGCCAGGUGUGGAAUCCAUAGCAUGUUCCCUUUACAUUUAGCUGCCCUAAAUGCCCACUCUGACUGCUGCAGAAAGCUCUUAUCAUCAGGCUUUGACAUAGACACCCCAGAUAAAUUUGGAAGAACGUGCUUGCAUGCUGCUGCCGCAGGAGGUAAUGUGGAAUGUAUAAAACUCUUGCAGAGCAGUGGAGCAGAUUUCCAUAAAAAGGACAAGUGUGGGAGAACCCCUCUGCACUAUGCAGCUGCGAACUGUCAUUUCCACUGUAUUGAGACAUUAGUGACCACAGGGGCCAACGUCAACGAAACGGAUGACUGGGGCCGAACAGCUCUGCACUAUGCUGCGGCCUCGGACGUGGAUAGAAAUAAGACGAUGUUGGGAAAUGCCCAUGAAAAUUCAGAAGAGCUUGAAAGAGCCCGGGAGCUGAAGGAAAAGGAAGCUGCUCUAUGUCUAGAAUUUCUGCUUCAAAAUGACGCGAACCCGUCUAUCCGGGACAAGGAGGGCUACAAUAGCAUACAUUAUGCUGCUGCCUAUGGCCACCGGCAGUGUCUGGAGUUGCUCUUGGAGAGAACCAACACUGCGUUUGAAGAGUCCGAUUCUGGUGCUACCAAGAGUCCACUGCACUUAGCGGCCUACAAUGGGCACCAUCAAGCCUUGGAAGUCCUCCUGCAGACACUGGUGGACCUGGACAUCAGGGACGAGAAAGGCCGCACCGCCCUGGACCUGGCCGCCUUCAAGGGGCACACAGAGUGUGUGGAAGCUCUUGUCAACCAGGGCGCCUCCAUCUUUGUGAAAGACAGCGUGACCAAGAGAACCCCUCUGCAUGCCUCAGUUAUCAACGGACACACCCUGUGUUUGCGGCUGUUGCUAGAAAUCGCGGACAACCCGGAAGUGGUGGACGUGAAAGAUGCCAAAGGACAAACGCCUCUGAUGCUUGCCGUUGCAUACGGACACGUCGACGCAGUCUCACUGCUCCUGGAGAAGGAGGCAAACGUGGAUGCUGUGGACAUCAUGGGGUGCACAGCCCUACACCGAGGGAUCAUGACGGGACACGAGGAGUGUGUGCAGAUGCUGCUGGAGCAGGAGGUGUCGGUGCUCUGCAGGGACUUCCGGGGGCGGACGCCCUUGCACUAUGCCGCUGCCCGGGGCCACGCCACGUGGCUGAGCGAGCUGCUGCAGCUGGCCCUGGCCGAGGAGGACUGCUGCCUGCGGGACAGCCAGGGCUACACGCCCCUGCACUGGGCCUGCUACAACGGUAAUGAAAGCUGUAUAGAGGUACUUUUGGAGCAAAAAUGUUUCCGCACGUUUGUGGGUAACCCCUUCACGCCUCUCCACUGUGCAAUAAUAAAUGAUCAUGAGAGCUGUGCAUCACUGCUGCUGGGGGCCAUCGAUUCCAGUAUCGUCAGCUGCAGAGACGACAGAGGCAGAACCCCCCUGCAUGCGGCAGCGUUCAGGGACCAUGUGGAUUGCUUGCAGCUGCUUUUGCGACACAACGCUCAGGUGAACGCCGUGGACAACGUGGGGAAGACGGCGCUGAUGAUGGCCGCGGAGAACGGGCAGGCGGGCGCUGUAGAUAUUUUGGUGAACAGCGCCCAGGCUGAUCUGACUGUGAAGGAUAAGGACUUGAACACACCCUUACACCUAGCUAGUAGUAAAGGUCAUGAAAAAUGUGCCUUGUUAAUACUUGACAGGAUACAAGAUGAGAGCCUUAUUAACGCCAAAAAUAAUGCACUGCAGACGCCUCUCCACAUUGCUGCGCGCAACGGCCUGAAGGUGGUAGUGGAGGAGCUGCUGGCCAAAGGAGCCUGUGUGCUCGCUGUGGACGAAAACGGUAUUGGAAUUAGCAGCUCAUGCCUAUUUCUCAGAAGUCAUACCCCGGCCCUGGCUUGCGCUCCUAACAAAGACGUGGCUGACUGCCUGGCCCUCAUUCUGGCUACCAUGAUGCCUUUUUCUCCUUCCAGUGCAAUGACGGCUGUCAACUUCGUUUGUUUUAAAAAAGACAAUUUGAGCAGGACGACCCUCUCCAACCUGGGUAGCAUGGUUAGCCUGUGCAGUAACAACGUAGGCUCCGAGGACGGGUACAAUGAGAAUGACUCUGAUUCUGAAACCUUUUGACUUUGGACUGUAGAAGCUUUUCCCUGAUCACACAUGUUGGAGGAAGGAGAAGCUUGAUUUCUAGGUUUCUGCCGUGUUCAAGGGUUAUCCUGGGGCCCGCGCUUUUGGAAGCCAGUAGAGGAGGAGGGAGAGGCCGGUGUGGGAAACUCUUGUACAGUGGGCCCCGGGCUGGUUUUGUUUCAUAUUUUCCUUAGCUCUAAGGUACUUCUGUGAAAGUCUACCUCUCAGUUAAGUAAGGAAUAAACAUGUAUUUAGUUCUUUUUCUUUGGGGAUAAGGCCAGAGAGGGGCGGCUGUUCACGUAAAGAAUGUGGGAGUAUCUCAGCAGUAAGUUCUCAGAAGCAUCUCUGUGUGGCAUUCGUGUCCGGGGACGGGGAGGGAGCCAUGGACAGGAAAUGCCUCAGACCUCUUCUUGCUUUGGUGUUUACUUCCUCACUAGAAGCCAAAGGUAAAGGCGUUCAUCUUCAGAAAUGACGCCUGCUGAUGAUCUUUUCAAGGGAGUCCGGCUGUUCCUUUCCUGUCUGCAGUAAGCACUUAAAUAUCCAGAACUUCUUUCUGAGGAUCACUGUUAGUUCCCAGAUGAAUGGGAAUAUUGAACCUGCUUUUGUUGUUUAACACAAAUAUGGCACCCAGUGCUCCCCUAACAAACCUGUGACUAAUUUUCACCUGAGUGAUGAAUAAAUCCAAACUGACCUGGUAACGUUUCAGGUGAAAUUGACAUCGCACCAAAACUUUGAGAUGAUAUGCAAAUUUAAUACAAACCUGCCCUCUGUUGAUUUGUUCUUAAAUCAAAAUACUAACUUUUUAAAAGCAUCUGAUUCACCAGCAUUGUUCGUCCUAGCGAAGUGCUAAGAGAGCUUUCUGGUCAAGGCGACCAGCGGGUGAAGGGACUGCGGAAAGGACCAGGAAGUGGAAGCAGGAAGUGGAGACGGGGGAGACGGGAGAGCCGAGUGUAGUUGCAUGACGAUGACGUGAACCUAGUGAGUACCGUGUCUGCUCCCUCUGCCAAAGCUUCUAGGUUGAACGGACCCCGUGCCAUGCCUGGGACAGCUGUACAGAAAGAAGAAUGAGACUUAAACCUUACGCACAUACACACACAUAUGUGUACAUCUGUACGUGUAUGUAUGUAGCUCAUCCACCAGCUGUAUACAAGGACCAAAAUGCUUCCGUCUGAAAUGGAAGAUUUAUAGCACUCGGGAGGUUGAGGCAGGAGGAUCAUUGCGAGUUGGAGACGAGCCUGGGCUACACAGCAAGCUCAAGGCCAGCCUGAACUGCAGAGCAAGACCCUGUCUCUAAAAGACAAAAUAAAUAAAUAAAUAAAAUGGAAGAUUUAAAGUGUUUUCCUUCAAAGUGCAAGUAAAAACUGAAGUAGCUUUUCUAUGGAGUUCAAUCUUUUUUGAGUACCAGUCUUUGUUGUAUUUUAUAUUUCUUAUGACAGAUUUCCAGCUGACUGCUGAACAUUUACAACUGAUAAUGUGUUGACCGUGGUUUAUUUUUUUGCCAAAUUAGAGAAGAUGUCCAUAUACUUUUGAUGUAAAUGUGUUUAUAUUUAUUUGAAUGAAAGAAAUAUGAAAGAAAUACGAGGAAACAUCCACUGUUUGUUCUCUGUUUUCAUUGCUGUGUAUUUUAUUUAGAAUACUUUUUUUAAAAAUAGAAACAACCCUUGACCCCGGGCCAGCCAGAAACCCCGGGGACAAACCCAGCAUUUCCACUGCAAAUGAUCUGCGCAUCUGCUCUCGGGCUCUCCCCCAGCCCAUCUGCAGCCAGCUGAAAGCUUAGAAGACGCCAUGAUCCGCGCCUCUUCCGAGAGAUGGGUGCUGGCAUGUGUAGUGGAUCCUGUACACGAAGGUGCUUCGAAGAAGGACCUGGGAAUCACCCCACAAACACUGAAAAUCUCACCCAGUCGCAACAACCUGAAGGGAAAUGCUGCCAGUGUGGGCGCUGCACCCAGAGGAGAAUAAAAUCACCAGCUCAACUGCAUUCCCCCUGGCACGAGAGACAGGAGAGGAACUGGUUGCAUUAGAGUAGAAUUAUUAAGCAUUUUAUGAUAGGCUCCAUUUUCACCCUGGAAAUGUGUGAGAUAGUUUUUAAAAUAGUGUUCUGUCCCAUCUGGAUCAAAUACAGCCACUGAAUUACUUUUUUCAUCUAGCUGUAAAAGACCUUAAUCUUCCUCUUGUAGUAUCCUGGGUUUAAUUAAAACUCAUGUUGGGUCCUUCACAAAUGAGAACUUGUUCAAAAGUCUUAGGGAACUGGUAUUAAUUUCAUCAAGAAAUGCAGCACUAUCAUUGUUUCUUAAAUUCUUGGUGUGGUGUUUCCCUCCUUCUCUUUUUGUUUACAGGAGAUAAAUCUUUUAAAAGUGGGCAAAUUGCUAAUGAGCAAUAAUGACUUUUUCUUUACCAAAACACUGAAAAUAAAGGAGCUCCAGUGUCAAAGAAGCAUGAUAUACUGCAGUGUCUUUUUCUAGAGUAAUUGGAAAUCUUGCUCAGUGGCAUUUAAAGCAGGAGAUGAAAUGCUGCUUGUAGGGGGAAGCGGCAUUAACAUCUUCCCCGUAGAGCAGCGGAGUGCAGGGCUCCUGUGAGAGGAGCUGAGAUCCAGCAGCAGACACGGUCUCUUACGGAGCGGUGUUUGGCUUCUGCCCAUUGUCUUCCUGCUAGAAGGACGGAAACGAAGGCAUGCUCACCAGAACUUGUCCUUGAAUCGGUGUCUAGCCUUCCCCACCCACUCACCCACUCUGUUUCAUAAGAGAUCAAUUUUUUUAAAGAAAUGACAUUAAAAACUAUAGUUUCUGUGUGCUCCAAUUACAUCUCUUAGAAAUAAUAUGUUUGCAGCCUAGCUUUGUAAAGAAAGAAACCAGAAGGCAGGUUUUUGAGUCUUGGUUGCUUAGUGCUUUUCCCUAACUGUGUUAUUUUUAGACGCAUUUUUAACCACAGCCGCAGGACCAUUCACCUCACUUAUCUGUUCACCAGUGUCUGCCUAUCUUUCGUAAAUACAUUAUCUGUCUCCAAAUUGCCUAAACUCUGCUAUGAUUCUACAGUAAAUAGCUCAGGGGAUUUCUAUUUAUCACUACUAAAAGGGCACCAUAGUGUGUUUUGGUACUUUAGGCAGUAAACAACUGCUUGACUUACUCUUUUCUUAUGAAGUUAGAACAAGACCAUCCAAUGGAUCUGCUGCACUAGUUAAUCUUUGUACUGUUGAGCAACUUGGUUUGCUAAUCUGUUGCGCUGGUUGAAGAAUUCACCCCUCUCCUCCUCUUGUAACAUGAAGUUAGAGUGCCUUUUUAUAUUUGUAUAUUCUGAAAAUGUUCUGUGAAACAUUUUGUAUUUUUUUCAUUUGAGUGUUAUCAGAGCAAUAUAAUAACAGUGAGGUUUCAUUUCAACCUUUCUUUGAAUGUACAGUGUUUUUCCUACUUCCCCCAUCUCUGCUUUGAAAUGAAAAUGCUAAAGUUUUCUAUAGGAGUUAUGUUUGAUAUUGCAGCGCUAAAAUGCUUUCUUCUCACACAACUGUAAACCCUAGGUCAGUAUUAUAGGAGAAGAGCAUUGAAGGUAGUGACAAUCUGAGUGUGUGCAUAAAAUGUUUCUAUGUGUUCCUUACGCAGUGAGCUAAAGGUUCAAUGCAAGUAUCCUCGUUUGGUCGUUUUGUCUACACCCUUUAUGCUUCCGCAUGUGCAAUAUAUCUUCGCAAAGCACGGUGAUACAAAUCUGGUGCCAGUGUUACCUUGACAUAACCUAUUUGUAACGGCCUAAAAUACUGUUUGAUGAUCUUGGUGGGAUUUGUCUGUAAUGUUUUCUUAUGUAAAUCAGAGUUGGAUGACUCUGGUAAAUGUCAUGACUGUAAGAAAUGAGGAAAUUUUGUGUUUGGUUCGGUGAAUGACUCAGAACGAGUCUAACUCUUCUCAAGCACAGUUUCAUACUUUGCAACUACUGGAUGCUCUCGUAACACAGUGACGUACUUAACUGUAACAUACUAUGGAAAUGCAUUCAGAGGGUUAUUUUUACAAAUAAAAGCGGUACAAAUAUUG